AUGCCUCGACAGAAGCGCAACACAGAAGCCCCUGAGCCAAGUAAAAAGACUUCCAAAAGAGUGCGAGAUGAAUCAGCUUCGAAAUUAGUAGCCCCUCAGAAACGUCGAAUUAGACAAGAAACCCCCAAGCAGAACCCCCCCGGUGGUCAGAGUCGAUGUGACAUCUACGGCCAGAUUGAGAGAUGUCAUGCAAGACUUGAAGAAGGAAUUAUGCCUGUUAUCUUUGAAGCCAGACUCAAGAUGUAUGAUGGGCUCAAGAAACAACGAGAGGAUAUGAUUGCCGCGGAGCCAGGUCUAUCUUGGGCGGUUAUUUCCCGCAUUGGAAGUUUGAAAUCUAUUAGAGAAGAACUCGUUGCGUCAGGAGACCAUACCGAGCAACUUCCAAAUGUGGAUGCGAUAAUCGCAGCGUAUCGAUCUGGAGAGUUGAACUGGUGGCCCGGCUAUGUGACAUUUUGGUCAAAGGGCAAAAAGCUCGGCCGCGCAAAAAAGUUCGAUGUUGAUGAGUUCCUGGAAGUCAACAGGAAACACGAUGGCCAUAAAGGAUUCUGGGUGGAAGGGCGCAACGGGGAUGAUCCAUCUCCCAGUUAUCUAUCUGAUAUGAUCUACCCCCUGUAUCCUGAAGAGUUUCAGCACCCGGUUACCAUUGACCUGCGCAUUCCAGGCUCAUUGGUUCACCAGCCCUAUUAUUGUCUUGACGAUACGGGAUCCACUGAUAUGGAUAUCUUUCAAGGAGAUCCAGAUAUUCUACAUACACAGGAUCCUCAUAAUCAAGCGCCAGGUCUCGGCAGGGCAGUAAUGAAUACAAGCAACGGCCCGGCUAAGUUCCCUGGCGUUCUGAUGGAGGCCGCAAUGUUCCCAAGAAUAGGAGACUUUCUGAAGUAG